UUACAGGGUUUGUCGUCAUUGUGACCUUUGCCCUCCGUGCCGCGCUACGCGUGUCGCGUGUGUUAGGCAGCAUGGCUUCAUCGGCGAAGCGGCGAGCUGUGGGACUUGGGGAGAAUCCGGAGGAGGGAGACGGGGAGUCUUCGACAGAGGAGUUCGACGAGGAGAGCGAGGAGUCUGAGGAGGACAUCAACGAAGAGGUAACUGUGGAUUUCGAGGCCCACACCAUCUCGGACAACCAUUUCAGUGGGAUAAGGAAACUGCUGCAACAGCUGUUUCUGAAGGCCAGCGUUGAUGUUUCAGAGCUGGCUGAUAUCAUCAUACAGCAGAACCAUAUUGGCAGUGUGGUCAAGCAAGCAGAGAUACCAGAGGACAGUGAUGAUGAUGAUGAUGAUGAUCCAGAUGAAGUUUUUGGAUUCAUCAGCUUGGUCAACCUCACUGAAAGAAAGGGUGUUCCAUGUGUGGAGCAGGUGAAGGAGCUUCUCCUGAGCCAGUGUGAGAAGGUGUGUGCCCAAAGUGUCACAGAAGAGCUGGAGAAGCUCCUGAACAACACUGACAGACCAGUGGGCUUGCUGCUGUGUGAGCGCUUUAUCAACGUGCCACCACAAAUCGCCCUGCCACUGUACAAGCAGCUGCGAGAGGAAAUAGCUGAAGCCCAGAGGACCAAUAAGCCCAGCGGGAAGUGCCACUACUUCCUCAUGAUCAGCAAGACCUGCAUGGCAGCCAAGAAGAGCAGUUCCAAGAAAGCUGGAAAACAAGAGGAGGAACUGAUGUUCUCCAACGCCGAGGAAGAGUUCUUCUGCGAGCAAUCCACCCUGAAGUUCAACUACUCGGUCCAGGAAGAGGCCGACUCCUGUCUGGGUGGACGCUGGUCUUUCGACGACGUCCCCAUGAAGCCAUUCCGCACAGUGAUGUUAAUCCCCACGGACCGGAUGGGCACCAUUAUGGAAAAACUCAAGGAGUACCUGACUGUGUGAAAUUUGGAUGCACAAUUGAAGAAGCCCAUCACGUUGUUUGCUUUGUGGCACCCAUUAUGGACAGACUGAGCAUCUUGUAACUGGGAAGGGUGCAGGAACUCAUGCCAUUGGCUGUCAUUUGAAAUUAUAAGUAUCUAUGAACUUCACAUGUUUGUAUGUAAAAUAUUAAAUUCUUGGACAAGAUAUUCUUAU